AGGUCAUGAGUGGGCAGGGGAGCUCGGUAGCGGGGAGUUGGGCUCGGACUACAACUCUCACUUCACGGGUACACUGCUUCCGCGGAUGAGGAAGUAAGAGCCUGGAUCUCGAGCUCCCCAUUUCCGCAAUUCGGCAUUGAGACAUGGGUCUCACAGCAAUUGUAGUAGAUGUAGCACAAGCGUCCUCGUCCAGUGUUGCACUCAGCCAAGGCAGGGGUGCCACGCGGAGACUGCCAGGCGGAUUGGCGCUAGGCGAUGCAUUCAAAGGGCUUCGCAAGCGGGAAUAUGCACAAGGAUUGCAGUGUAGGGUUAGAAGGGAAGGUGGUUGCGCAAGCGAGGCGAGAGUAUGGAAAGUUAGGUGCAGCUCAGACAGUGCUGGAAGCCUCGGAGGGGACUUGCCAGCUUCCCAGCCACAGCAGAGCGAGGUGAGUGGGAUUCGCGACCCGGCAGCUGCAUCUGCGGCAUCGUUUGCCCCUCUGCCGCAGCGAAUUGCGUUGUUCUACGACGCAUUCUGGCGCUUCCUCCGCCCGCACACCAUUCGUGGGACGUUUCUUGGGACGAGCGCGCUCGUUACGCGUGCAUUGCUGGAAAACCCCACGCUUAUCAACUGGGCGCUGCUACCGAAGGCGCUUCGUGGUCUGCUUGCGCUCUUGUGUGGGAAUGGCUUCAUUGUGGGUAUCAAUCAGAUAUUCGACUCAGGAAUUGAUAAGGUGAACAAACCAUUCUUGCCAAUUGCCGCGGGAGAUUUAUCUGUUCCUGCUGCGUGGGCGCUUGUCGGGGGCCUGGCUGCAUUAGGGGUUGGCCUUGUGGCUACCAAUUUCGGCCCUCUCAUCACAACAUUGUAUACAUUUGGCCUGUUCCUUGGGACUAUCUAUUCGGUGCCGCCGUUGCGGUUGAAACAAUAUCCCGUUCCUGCCUUUAUGAUCAUUGCCACAGUGCGCGGUUUCCUCCUCAACUUCGGAGUCUAUUAUGCAACACGAGCUGCGUUAGGGCUUUCAUAUGAAUGGAGCCCGUCCGUCAUGUUCAUAACCAUAUUUGUGACCUUGUUUGCUACGGUCAUCGCCAUCACGAAAGAUCUCCCCGACAUUGAAGGUGACAAGAAGUUCAACAUUUCGACAUUCGCUACCAACCUGGGAGUGCGGAAAAUAUCUUUCCUUGGUGCUGGUCUCCUCCUGGUAAAUUACAUCGGCGCCAUUGUAGCUGCCUUUUACUUGCCCCAAGCUUUCAAGACGAAGAUCAUGGUCACUGGUCAUGCUGUCUUAGGGCUGAGUCUCAUCUACCAGACCUGGUUGUUAGAUACCGCGAAAUACUCCAAAGAAGCCAUAUCCAACUUCUACAGAUUCAUUUGGAACCUGUUCUACUCUGAGUACGCUUUAUUCCCGUUUAUAUGAUGUACUCAGUUUACCUCUCCUUCCCUUCGUUUCCCUGUGUACACAAAAUUUUGUAUGAGAGAGCUGCACAUUGAACCUACCUUUGAUUUGUGCGUGAGUGCUGCUCUUGUUAAAGUGUUA